AUGUUGAGGUUUAAAGCCGUGUUAAGGUUUAUAGCUGUGUUGAGGUUUAUAGCUGUGUUGAGGUUUAUAGCUAUGUUGAGGUUUAAAGCCGUGUUAAGGUUUAUAGCUGUGUUGAGGUUUAUAGCUAUGUUGAGGUUUAUAGCUGUGUUGAGGUUUAUAGCUAUGUUGAGGUUUAUAGCUGUGUUGAGGUUUAUAGCUGUGUUGAGGUUUAUAGCUGUGUUGAGGUUUAUAGCUAUGUUGAGGUUUAUAGCUGUGUUGAGGUUUAUAGCUGUGUUGAGGUUUAUAGCUGUGUUGAGGUUUAUAGCUGUGUUGAGGUUUAUAGCUGUGUUGAGGUUUAUAGCUGUGUUGAGGUUUAUAGCCGUGUUGAGGUUUAUAGCCCUGUUGAGGUUUAUAGCCCUGUUGAGGUUUAUAGCUGUGUUGAGGUUUAUAGCCGUGUUGAGGUUUAUAGCCCUGUUGAGGUUUAUAGCCCUGUUGCAAUAUCCGCACCUUUUUUUCCCCAGUAUGUAA